UUAAUGUUAGUGCUUACUUCACUUUUAAACGUCGUUUUUUGAAUACCAAUUUGACUAUAUUAAAAUGUUAGCAUCAGUGUUUAAUAGUCCAACAAACCAGCAUUUGUUGUACACCAACAACAAUCACAAGUUGUAUGCAGUGCAUCACGAUUUGAAGCAAACACCGAUCUUGCAAUCGAUAAUUCCUCCACUUAAAGGUAAUUCGAAAGACGGUGGACGACAGAUCAGUGCCAGAUCGCCAAGGCAAGUGCACAAAUCUUCAUCGCAGAUUAUUGAUGAAUUCCUGGGAAGCUCAAAGAAGCACAAAAAACACAAAAUCAGGUCAAAGAUCGCGGUAGUGCAACAGCAACGUGUCGGGGAGACAAGCUCAACGCGUUUGGCAUGCAAGGCUUAUACAUUGCCGCAUAAUGUGGACACUGAAGUCGUUGAAGUGAUGCCAUCAGGAGACUCGCCCAGUAAUAAUUACAACGACGACUUGAACGACAUGUCUCUGGAAUUCCGUCAAGAUCUAUUGCAGGAUCCUUCGCAUACCCGUCUGUGGGAUCUAUUGGACAACUCGCAACAACGUUUGGACUCCAUAAUACUGAUCAGCUCGCAUAUAUAUGAGAAUCUUUCUAGUGUUAUUCUCUAUAUUUCUGAUAUUUUUGAGAAUUUUUUAUUGAGACAUUAUAACAAUCCGUUGCCCAGACUACGACGAACCUUGAUAGACAAGUUGAGAACUUUUUGCCAAUAUAUACUGAGUAUAAAUGCGGACUUGUCAUGCACUGGCAACAUCACUGCAACAAAAGUGUUGCAACCAAUUCGAAUCUGGACGCAACCUUUCACAUGACACCAUAUGUGAACAGCCAAAUCAAAAUUCUGCAGUAAUAAAAUACAAAAAAUCAAUCUUCAAAAACAACA